AUGUACAUCACCCUCUUCUACCUCGUCACUCGUCUCCCUGACUCGCUUCGCUCAGUUAGGGACCACUCUCUCUCCCUUUGCCCCACCGAGCUCACUGUCGACCUGCUCGAGGAGCGCCUCACUGCAGCUGAGACUAGCAUAGUCGUUGUAGGAGCUUCUCGCGGCGACCCUCGCGCCCCUUUCUUUGAGAGGUGUUCCCCCGUUCCCCUUUUGCCCUCUGUUGCUUCUGCUGCUGCUGUCGACCUCGUUGGCAUGGAGGAGGUUGGGCCUGCGUCUGCUCCUAGUGGGAGGCGCCGCAGCGGCAAGGGCAAGGGGAGCAAGGGUGGUGGAGGGGACGGCAGGGGCGGCGGUGGUGGCGGUGGAGGAGGCGGAGGGGGUGGGGGUGGAGGUGGGGGUGGUGGCGGGAGUGGGGGCGUCGGUGGCGGCGGUGGAGGUGGGGGCGGCAGCGGCAGCGGUAGUGGGGGUGGCGUCGGCGGUGGUGCUGGUCGGGGUGGAGCCGCGCAGCGUGGAGGCUUUGGCGGUAGCCAGCGACAGCAACAGCCGCGUUCCUGUGAGGCCCCGUCGCCCCAGCAGCUUUGUGAGUGGUACGCUGGGCGUGGGAGGUCUGGGGGUGCUGGUCCAUGCGCUUACGUUCUCCGCACCGCUGGGCGCCAUGGGGAGACGUGCGGGCUGCCACACGCGAUGCAGCGAUGUUUCGGUCGCCUGUCUGAUGCCUGGCGUGCACAGUUUCCUGACGCCACUGAGCUCCCUCGCUUGGCUGAUCUGCUUAAGUCUGGUGUUGCUAUCUUUGAUCUUGAUUACGAUGCUAUCCUUGGUGCCAUGUAUGCUGUGACUAUUAGUGCUGAGGGUGACUGUUACCUGUGUGUGCCGCCCGACUCAGAUAUAGAGGCUGCUGCUCUAGGUGCUAGUGAGUCUACUGCUCCAGGUACUGGUGAGUCUGCUCUCUUGGGUUCUGCGCCUGCUGAGGCCUUGCACACCUUCACGCUUGACUCAGGUGCUUCCUGCUCCACCUUUCGCGACAGCACCACGCUCACGCCGCUAAGUUGGCCGGUUGCUGUCUCCCUGGCGGACCCCUCUAGGGGCCCAGUCCUUGCGCACUCUUCUAUGGUUUUGCCAUUCCGGCGGUCCCGUCUGGCUCACUGUCGGGUCUUCACCCCCCCUCGUUCUCUACGAACUUGGUAG